UCGCUGUAUGCAUUCUACAGCCCUCAAGCGGGCGUUUUUCCGUGCGCGUUGCGUGAUGGCCCCGCGGGUGGAGUUGUAUACUGCCUAUGAGCUGUCACCGAUCCAGCAAAAGAUCCGAGAGGCGAACCAGAGUGGUGAGUAUGGACCUGUCCCCAAGAAGUGUGUGGUCACUGGUGGCCUGGGCUUUGUUGGGCAGCGUUUGGUGGAGACCUUGGUGGAGAGAGGUGCCCAGCAGGUGGUGUCCUUUGACAUCGUACCCCCACCUGCGAACGUCUGGAAGCACGAGGCUAUCAAGUAUGUCACUGGCGACUUGUGUAGCCUGGCUGCUGUAGAAGAGGCAGUCCAAGGUGCAGAUUGUGUGUGGCACAAUGCAGCUGCAGUUGGGCCCUUCUUGCCCAAGCACUUCUACCACAACGUCAACGUGCUUGGAACGCGCAAUGUGCUCGAGGCAUGCAAAAAGCAAGGAGUACGGAAGGUUGUGUUCUCGUCCACACCCUCCUCACGCUUCACUUGCACGGACGAUGUCGAUGGCCAGACUGAGGCUGAGAUGCCUGACAUUCCUCAGGAGACCUAUGUGGCAGAGUACUCGGCCACAAAAGCGGAAGGCGAACUGCUCCUCCGACAGGCCUGCAAAGCCGGGGAGAUCAUGUUCAUCGCUGUCGCCCCUCACACAGUCUACGGGCCACGUGACAAUCUUUUUCUUCCAAACCUCUUAGAAGCUGCUGGCGUGGGCAAGCUUCGCAUUUUUGGAACUGGCAAGAGCCGUGUAGGUUACACUCACGUGGACAACUACUGCCACGGACUGAUCAUCGCAGAGAAGCAGAUCUACGAGAACUCUCCAUAUUUGGGCAAGUUCUAUGUUUGCACGGAUGGGGCAACCCACCCAUAUCCUGAGGGCUAUAGUAUCUUCUGGGAGGAGUUGGAUCAGGCAGUGGUGGGCAUGGGCUUCGAUUCGCUGUACAGCAAAAUGGCCUUGCCGUAUUUUCUUUUGAGGAUAGUGGCUUUCAUUUGCGAUGCAAUCAGUGCCAUGACCGGGAAAAAACUGAAGCUAGGUUGGUUUACUCUUCGGAUGCUUACAAUGAACAGGUUCUGACGAUGAGGCCCUUGACAAGUCAGGACUUUGCCGAUGCCGUUUCGAUCUGUCUAAUUGAAUCUUGCGAGCUGCUGCUUGAGGUGAAUUGUCGGUGCGGGUAUGGAAAAACAGUGUGUUUUACAGAUCUAGAUGCAGAGAGCCGAAGAAAAGCCCUUAAGCCGCAUUUCUGGGCUGGUGCCCUUCUGAGCUUUGUUCGAGGGCAAUCUCGCAGCAAAAAAGGGCAUCACCAAGUUCACCAAGACUUUGUUGCUGCCCUUUUGUGCUUUGUUUGGUGGCCGUCUCGGGGCAAAAAGGGCACCUCCGAAAAGCGGGGUCUACUGUAAGGAUAGAACAUUCAUUGGAGCAAGACACGGCCUACGCAUCUUCGAGCAUUCUCAAUUGAAUCUUGCAAAUGACUUGGAGGUUUUGGGUCCGUGAAUCUGUGACGGAGUGUUGGAGAGUCUCACAUUGCUUGUUGGAACUUCUUGAGUGAGUCACGCUGCUGCAAGCGUUGGCGAGGGCUAGCUAGCAUUGUAGCUGACAACGUGUCUUAUCAUAUUUUGUGUGUUUCCAGCCUGGAACUCGGGAACGGGGUGACCUCGAUUAACUAUGCAGGUCUCUUGUGGCUCAGGAUCUCUAUGGCACCCUGUUCGUUUUUUGCCCAGCAAUUGUUUACAGCAUUUUAAGAAUUGUUCAAGUCACCUUGGCCGAUUGAGCACAGGACCCCUGCAAAUCUUUAGGGGCUGAGAUGAACUCACGUGGUUGGUCGGUUUCAUUCCGGCCUGACUCACAUCUCUGAGACAUAGUCUCAGAAUGUCUCAGUGCCAGGUGGUUUCGCAUCACCGCUGCGCAGACAGACUUGGGCUACCGACCAGUGGUCUCCUACCGAGAAGGGUGGCCAGACACCAUCGAGUGGUUCAGGACAGGGCAGCUGUGAAUUACUCCCAGCUUGUGGCUUGUAGGAAUCUGAUCCAACGCUUCAGGUGAUCUGUGAAAUGUUGGUUUCAACUUGACGUGGCCAAAUUUUAUAAACUGAGAAACCUAGGGUUGCAGGAAUACUUUGCAUAAUAAGGGAACCACCCCGCACCCAAACUUCCCAACCUUGUGAUAUCUGGAGACUCUGUGCUCAGGUGUGCUAGUGUUCAUCAACAGUUUUAUCACUUAAUUUACUGGGUGUAUGUUGAUUGUUGGCGCUGUUUCCCGCGCACUGCGCGUCAGUGAUGGCGUGUCUAAGCAUGAUGUGGGCGGGGGCGCUUGGACUCCCUUUGUCGUGGCACACGCUGAAGUGGGUUGGGUGGCAGAUCGAACUUGGGGUCGCUCCUGGCGAGACUCCCGGCUGGCUGAGAAGCGCAGCUGCCUCUUGAAUGAAUUGCAGCUCGUUUGCAGGCGGCGUGCAGAAGGAUUGGUGAGGUGUCUGGAGAAGGAUUCGUGUUGGUUUCAGCGGCUUGCUCUUUAUCCGAUGUGCAAGCCGGGUGGCAACUCGUGCGAGGUGCUCCGGGCAGAGGCUCCGAUGCAUCUAGUUUGCGAUACGACUGUCGCCAAAAGGCGGUUGUGUUUGGGGAUACGUUAUGGAACGUUGCAGGGGUACUCUGUAUAAGGGAAUCACCCACACCGAAACUUCCCAACCUUGUGAUUCUAGAGUUUGUGUGCUCAGGUGGUUCGGCUUCUAUUUGACAGGUUUCUUUGCUCAGGCAAUGCCAAGUUUCUUGCACCCGCCCCGCCCAAUUUCAGAGGAGUUGCGGUGAGGUGCGAAGUAUUCUCCAUCCCAAGUGAUGGUUGACCGGUGGAUAUCCAGACUGCUGCCAGCUCAGGGAGGCACCCUGACUGAUGCAAGUGUCGCCAAAAGCCGCUGGUGUUUGGGGAUGGGAGUGAUAGACAGACUUGUUACAAAGUGCUACAAAAGGCCAACCGUGUCCGCUUCCUUCACUCCCAGGGCUUUGCUGAGUUCUUGAACUUAGUCAGCAAAUUUUGUGGUGUUGCUUUUGGCUUGAAGUUUUGCUGGACAGGAACAAGUGGCUUCCGACGUUUGAUCCGAAAACCGCAUCUGGCACAACUGGGGGCAUUGCUCAACAAACUGUGGACAAGGUCAACUUGCAAGAGAAACGGAUGAUGAAGUGAGUGCCCGUGCCUUGCGCUGGCUGUGAAGAAGUAAAAAGAAAUGGGCUGGCCGGGAGUCGGUUGGGCCAGAGAUGGCCAGAGGAUUUUUUAGGCCAGAAGUGGUUAAUUAUAUAAUAUACCAAUCCAUUGGAG